GGCCGGGACCGGACGCGGGACACGGCUGGUCGUUUCGCUGCUGCAUGCUGUCGAUCUCGCUGGAUACGUUGCCAGUCUUUUCUUCCUCGUUUGCUUCGAAUUUGUUAGCGAUUGAUACAUGAGCUGUCACAGAAAGGAUGGCUGAGAAGAAACUGAAUCUGAUAGCUGCUGCUUGCACCAGUAGCGGAAAAAUGGGGAUUGGAAUCAAUGGAAACUUACCAUGGAGACUACGGCAGGAGAUGGCUUACUUUGAAAGGUUAACUAAGACCCCUCAGCUAGAAGGAAUGAAGAAUGCUGUUAUUAUGGGAAGGAAGACAUGGUUCUCAAUACCUGAAAAGUUUAGACCAUUGAAGGAUAGAAUCAAUGUUGUACUCAGUAACACUCUCACGGAAUGUCCAUCUGGUGCAGAUCAUCUAUGUUCUUCAGUCAGUGAAGCUGUGAAGUUAUUGUCAUCUCCUCCUCAUUCACAGACAGUUGAUAUGCUCUGGAUAAUUGGUGGUAGUGCAGUUUACAAGGCUGGCAUCGAGUCUCCUUGCUGUCAUCGGAUUUACCUGACACGAGUCUUGAAGGAGAUAGAGUGUGACACAUUCUUCCCAGAAUUUGACCUUGAAAAAUUCAAAUUAAUUGUAGACCCUGCUGUCAGCCAAGAUAUUCAAGAAGAAAAAGGUAUUCAGUACAAAUUUGAGAUCUAUGAAAAUUCAUCAUAGCACCUACGUUGCCUUGAUUUUCUGCCUGCAGCAAAGCAAUGAAGUGAUUCCAAGUUGGUGGAAGCAUAAAUCAACUCGCUGAUCCUAUGUAAGUGCUGGACUAUGAAUGCCAGUUUGUUCCUCAUUAUCAAAGUUUAUUUCCUUUUUUGACCGGUCCUUGUAUUGUAUCAGUACCAGCUUUUCGCGCUCACCUUGAAAUUAACCAACCAUUUAAGGAUGGAUUCAAAUCCAUCUUUAUAUCCGUCCUGUUAAUUCAAAAUUGGUGUUUGAUAUUCUGUGGUCACUCAUUGUGGAGCAGUGAAUAGGGUACUAUAUUUUUAUUUGGUGUUGGCCCCUUGUAUUCAAAGACUCGCAAGAAAUGUAUGUGAAUAUUAGAUGGGUGGUCAUUUUCCGUAGACUUCCUGUAGAAUAUACUUCAUUACAUCAAAGGAAAGUAUAACUGGUUUAAUUAAUGGCCCUUUACAAUGUAGCAUGGGUGAAAAUACAGAUUCAUCUUUGCAGGUUUAUUUUGUGCUGUUAUGAUUGUGUCUUUAAAAGGGUUUGCAGGGGUAUUUUUCAGUCAAAUGUUGAUCCUUGUUAUCUAUCAUACAAUGAAAUAUGUCCACAAGAAGCAAUGCCAUCCAUGUAAGGUUUCUUAUUAAUAUUUUUUUUUAUCUCAUCUUUUUAGACCAACUUGCAAAGUGCAGGCUCUCAGUAUAAGAUACCUAAUAUUUUGUUACAUAAUAUUUGUGUACGUUCAUGUCAGAUCAACGAUUGUUUAAAAACAUUAAAUCCAGUAGAAUUUGUGUUCCAGCCAAGGUUUCCUAAAUCUAUGAUAAUCAUAAUUCUUAUUUUAAUUAGGUAGUUUUAUGCUGGUGAUAGUGUCACCAGCAAAUGCUAAAAAACAUGCAAAAGACAGGAAUAAAAACAAAUAUAAAAGAAAUUAAAAAGAAUGAUUCAAUGCAUUGACUAUUUUUAUUACAUUUUUUUAAAUCAUUUUUUUUUUUAUCAGAAUGCUACAAAGAUAGACCCUGCAUUAAACAGUUUUGGUUCUUUCUCUAUUUAAUUAUAGUUAAUUAGAAAAUGGAUAGUAUUGACCUAACUUUCUGAUUAAAUGUGAGCGUUUCUUUCAACGUAAUAUAAAAAAUGAACCUGGUCACAUGUCUUGUACAAGUAAUAAUUAUUGUGAUAUUACUUAUGUCAGAUAAUGAUUUGCAUAAUUUAUCUUCUUUUUUUCAGAGUACUCAGCCAAAAAUAUAUAUUUUUUUUUUGCUUAAUACAAUUUUCAUUCUUGAACAAUUACUUGUAUGACAUUUUGUUAUGUAUGAGUAUUAAGAAUUUAAAGUAAUACAAUAUGAAUUCAUACAUAACUAAAUAUACUACCCUGAGUGCUUCAUUUGAAUGUCUAAGUCAAUUUUUUUUUUAUUUAGUAAUACAAGAUAUUGAUAAUUGGCCUUAACUGUAUUUUGUAUCAUAAGUAUUUACUGUUCAGAGCCCAAAUGUGAUGAGCAUUUUAAAAUCAUGCUUAUUAUUAGUCAUGUUAUUUACCAGGGGAGAUGUGAUUAUCAAUUCUUUGGGCAUGGUUGAUAGUUUCAUUCUCUCCAGCUGUUAUGACAAAUUAUGAAGUUAUGAUAAAAAACAAGUUUUGUUUUUUUCUCCAACAGAUUUGAAUACGAUAAACUUGCUAUGCAUGAACUAUCAUUGUUGCCCCACAGGGUGUCCAACAAUGCAAAUUUAAAGCAGGGUUAAUGUGAGGUAAACUUUUUAUAAGUUUUGAAAAUUAUUGUUAUGCUUUCUUUUUUUGUUGUUGUUUUAGUAACUGAUAAUCAUGUGAAAUACAUUCCAAAUACCUGCAAUAGUUUCAUACCAGUUCUUGUUUUGAUAUUUGUUUCUAUUUUGUUAUAACAUACACUUAUGAGUACUAUAUACAUUGAAGCUCUUAUACCUUUUUUUGUUUCGCCUACAUAGCAGAGCAAGACUAUUGCCACUGCUUUUCUUAUAAUAAUGUCAUCAACAUUUGAAAUACCCUUAUAACUAUAAAGUCAUAUUUCGUGAAACUUUGACAUAAGGGAAAUAAAGUGUCAUUGAUCAUCUUAUAUGAGUUUCAGGUCAUAUGACCAAGGUCAAAAUUCAUUUAGGGUCAAUGAAAUUUUACCUUGUUGACGGUAUCAACAUUUAAAUCAACCAAGUUUAAGAUUUUGAAAUAUCAUAACUUAUAUAUGGAUAUAGUUAAAACUAUAUAUUGAACAUUGACAUAAGUCUAGAGUAAUCAUGUUUCACUGAUUAUUUUGAAAGAGUUUCAGGUCACAUGAUUAAAGGAAAUAUUGAAGCAUAAUCAUUUCUAUAUCCGAUAAGUCGAAAUAUUGGUACAAUAUUACUCUCUUUGGGUAACGUAAAUACAUAGGACAGGAAAUAUGCUGAAAAUAUUGCAUGCCGGCAAGAAAACAUGUGGAAGGAUAAUACAAGGUUUUACUGUAUCGAAAUAAUGGAUUAAAUGUGUAAUAAUGGACGCUGUGGAUCCGGAGCUGCAAAAAUGGGAUGAUAGUGAUUUCAGAUAUUGAAAUAUAUGAGAUAAAGUAUCAUUACCUUGUCAGUUCUCUAGUCAUAAAUUAAUGCAAACCUGAUACAACUUUGUUAUUUUUCAUCCGGAUAUAAUAAACAUCUUAUAUUCUUGUUCACAUAUUCAAUUUUACUUUUUAUUCCAAUAACAUGAUACCUUUGUGUGUGUGGCCUUAAAUACAUAAUCUGCAGAACAGUUCUGAAGGUGAGGGGGUGCCAACCAUGCAACAAAACACAAUCAGAUUGAUUUAUAGUACAUGUUUAUUGAAAAAAAGUGUGUGUGUGGGGGGGGGGGCUCCCACACCACCAGCCCUCUCCCUAAGACCUGAAACAAGUUUUAUCUAUAACAUUGACACUAAUAUUUUAUGAAUGUAUAUUUAAAAGUAAUGAUUAAAUCGAAGUCUCCAGAAUAUUAAAAGAAUGUUGCUAUUAUAAUGAUCACAAAAUAAAAUAUUUUCAAAACUAUUUGAAUCGA